AUGUCUGUUGCCUCCACUGAUACUUCUGUCAAGAAGGCGCCUGUUCCUCCUUACCCCCUUGCGCAGAACAUCCUUGUGGAUUGGGCUAACGAGUCCUUCCCCGAGGCCUCGACUCUGACAGCCAAGCCGACAUUCAUCGACGACAUCAGAAAGCAUUUGGCGGCUAUUCGAGGCCGGCCUUUCAGUGACAAUACCGUCACCACGGAGCAGAAAAAGUCGUUCCUUCAGUCCGAGCGAGGACGGUAUCUGAUCGACUAUCUCCAGAGUGGCAGGACUGUUGGCGCUCACGAGAAGUGCCGCGGUACGGUCGUCGCCGGUAUCUGUGCUUCCGUGGCGGGUGGUGUGUGCAACGCUGUCAUCGAUGGCGAAGAGGAGGGCCGGUCCGCGAGGGAGGUCUUGUUCCAGUCGAUCUUCAUCACACUCGAGGAGCUCCAUGAGCUCAAGUGGGCGAUCGAACCGCCCUGCAUCACGGCAUACAUUGAAGACUUUUGUGCCCGCACUGAUCUUGGCUUGACUGCUAUUACGGCUGUCUUGAAGCGGUUUGAUGGGGCGGACGGGACGGCGGGCGACGCAGGAAGAGCUGUAGAGCAGCUGCUCGAUGAGUGGUAUGGGGUCCUGUCUGACAUUCAGAGCGACGAUAGCUCAGCCAGGUGA